UGCGGCGUGUGCCACGAACAAGAAUCCAAGUACAAAUGCAAGACCUGCGAGAUCAGAUACUGCUCUAUCCCUUGCUACAAAUCUCACAAGACCACUCACUCAAGCGAAGAAAAUGCUCCACGCUCUACCUCAACAUCUCUCCCAGAAGCUCGCACCACAGAAACCCACAAGCCGAGCCAAACUCCACAGAAAAAAUCACCUUACGCCAAUUUCGAGAAUGAUCAAGACUUCAAGCUCCUGAUGCAAAGAUAUCCAAAACUGCAUCACGAACUUUCCGCCGUCUUUGCAAUGACGCUUGAACCCGGCCCAGAAGACCAGCGGACUUGGAGGGAAUCAGGGUUAUUCUCGGAACAUCGCGACGACCGUCGAAGCUCCUUUUUCAGAGGUGGUCGAGGCGGACGGUCUCGAAAUCGAGGUGCUCACCACCAUCAGCAAGGAGAGCAUGAUGAGAAAUUGCGAGGUCCAUGGACGCGGGAAAAGGGAGAUAGGCAAGCGCAAGAUGUUAUGCAUCGGCUGAGGAACGUGGAUGAUGAAGAGGUUUCUGAAGGCAUGGUGGAGUUCAUCAAAUUGUGCGGGAUCAAGUUUGGGCAGUGA